UGCUGCUGGUGUCUAGAGGAGCCGCUACACGUGCACCUGUAAUACACAGUGACAGUUGACAUUGUGCCAUGGGCUGGGACACGAAAUGUAGAGUCAGCUACGUACUUUACGCCGUGGGACUUAUUGGCGUAAUAAUGUUCGUCGAUGUGAAUGUGCCCAGUAUCAGCACCAGGGAACAGUUAAGAAGGAACUGGCUCUCACUUACUGACGUGGAGGACUAUGUCGUCGAAGCUGUCAAUCCAUCAAAUAUACGUACCUUUCUUAGGAACCUGACACUUAAUCUUCACCUUGGGGGCACUGAGAAUGAAUGGAAUACAGCCCAGUGGGUAGCGGACACGUGGCAGCAGCAAGGCAUGGACGAGGUGCACUUGGUACCUUACAAAGUGCUGCUCUCCUACCCUAGUGCCUCCAAUCCCAACCAGGUUCGUCUGCUGGAUGGUUCAGGCCGUCAGAUGUGGGUGUCUGCCAUAAAGCAGAAACCACUGUAUGCUCCUGAGGAGUCUAGCUCAGAUAUUCCCUUUAACUUCAAUGGAUAUGGAGCUGCAGGCAAUGUGAUGGGCCCACUGGUCUACGCUCAUUAUGGUUCUGAAGAGGACUUUGCCUUCCUAGCUAAUGCAGGAGUGAAUAUCUCAGGCACCAUUGUCUUGGCUCGCUAUGGUCAGUCCUUCAGGGCAAACAUUGCACAAAGAGCUGAGGAGCAAGGAGCACUCGGCCUGUUGUUGUUUAGUGACCCAGCUGAUUAUGCUCCUGCUGGUCCAGAUUUUGUCUAUCCUCAUUCCUACUUCAUGCCCCCUUCUGCUGCCCCUCUUGGAACUACCAAACUUGUCGAUGGGGAUCCUCUUACACCAUUUUAUCCAGCAACUGAAAGUGCCUUCAGGAUUCCAGAAGAGGAAGCUCCCAUUCCAAAGAUCCCUGUCCAGCCCAUCAGUUACAGUGAUGCUUUUGACCUAUUAAGUGAGCUGAGUGGGGCAGCAGCACCACAAACCUGGCAGGGUGACCUGAACAUCACAUAUCACCUGGGACCAGCCUUCCGAGAAGCUGAGUGGAGUGUAAAUCUGGAAGUUAACAACUAUAAUACUAUGACAACUACAUACAAUGUCAUUGGUGUUCUUCAAGGUCGAGAGGAGCCAGAUAGGUAUGUCAUGCUUGGCAAUCACCUCGAUUCUUGGCUCUUCGGUGCUGUGGAUCCAUCGUCUGGUACAGCUGCCAUGUUGGAGCUUAGUCGUGUCUUUCUUCAGCUGUACAAUGAAACAGGUUGGAGACCACGGCGCUCACUGGUGUUCUGUGGCUGGGGAGCUGAAGAGUAUGGUAUGGUGGGCUCUGUAGAAUGGACAGAGCAGUUUGCAAAGCAACUCUCAAACAGAGCUGUUGCCUAUCUUAAUGUUGAUAUGGCUAUUGAAGGAAACUACACUUUACGCACAAAAUCAGCACCAAUUCUCACUGAAGCAGUAUAUCAAAGUGCCAGAAGGAUACCAAAUCCAAACCCAGAGGAAGUAGCAGCAGGAAGGACAACAGUGUAUGACACUUGGGCACAUAGAAGACCAGACCCAGUUCAGCCAGACUUUCCACUGAUGCAGCUGAUUGGCUCAGGAAGUGAUUACAAGGGGCUGCAGCACAACAUUGGUGUGCCCUGCAUGGAUACUCGAUAUACUCAUGACGAUAAAACACUUGGAGAGCCAAUGUAUCAUACACUGUAUGAAACAUUUGCUCUAGUGGAUGAAAUAUAUGACAGAGGCUUCAAAUACCAUUCAGCAGUCACUGCACUCUGGGGUGAUUUAGCAGUUAAACUUGCGGAAAGCAAGAUUCUUCCAUUUUCCUUACAUAUAUAUGCAGACUAUAUAUCUAAAGCUCAAAAGAAUAUUGAAGAAAUCUAUGGGCAAAUUAUUUCAUCCCAAAAUAUUUCCUUAGAAUUCUUUGCUGAUGCUGCUGUGAAUUUUAACAAGGCUGUUACUUCAUUUGAUAAAGUUUUAAAUGGUCUCGACCAAAAUAAUCCACUUGCAGUUCGACGAGUAAAUGACCAACUGAUGUUGGUGGAACGAUCCUUCAUUGACCCUCAAGGAUUGCCUGGCCGGUCCGACUACAACCAUGUGAUAACAGCUCCCAGCAAAAACAAUGCUUAUGGUGGAACUGCAUUUGCUGGCCUUGUUGACACCUUGACAGCAAUUAAUGAGGCAUCCAAGAAUGACAAAAAACCUCUCUGGAGAAUCUUUGCACAGCACUUGGCUGCUGUGACUCACUUCCUUAACACAGCAGCUAAAGUUUUAUCAGAUGAUCUCUGGUAGUUCAUAAGAAUGGAAUAAAAGGUCCUUGGGAGAAAGAGGAUGAACAAGGUACCAUAA